AUGCGACAAGCGCAUCUCUUUGGGGUUGCCGCUCUACGCGUGCUGUGCGAUUCGAGCUCGGAAUUCUCUGCCUCGGCUUCGGCAGCUCUGUAUGGUUGGGCAGCACGGGGAAGAAUUGACAAGCUGACGAUGUUACUAGAUCAGCGAGGGGAUCCCAACUUUCAGGACUCUGGUGGGCGGACGCCCCUACAUGCCGCCAGCAGCAACGGCCAGGACGAGACCGUGGACUGGCUGCUUUCAAAAGCUGUUUCUCCCGACUCUCUGGACCACCGCCAGCGGCGCCCAUUGCAUCUGGCCGCGCAGGGAGGGUACAUCAAAGCUCUGGCCCUGCUCCUUGAGGCCCGGGCUGCGGUGAACGGGCCCGAUGAGAGGGGCCAAGAGCCGCUCCACUUGGCAGUGCAGGCAGGCAUGCCAGAGGCGGCCUACAUGUUGCUGAUGUCGGGAGCGGACUCCGAGAAAGCAGACUCCUCGGGUAUGACUGCACUGCAUUGGGCGGCCUUUGCCGGGCACCUGUCCUGCACAGAAUUGCUGCUGACUUCGGGUGCCAACGUGCAUGUCCGAGAUGCAGACGGGGAAACACCCUUGCACUGGGCAUCCCGAGGACAUCCUCAGGUGUCCUAUGCCCUGCUGGCCUUCGGUGCCGAUGCGCACGCCAGGGACACAGAUGGAAGGAAGCCAGCUGACUGGGCGCGAAGCCAGGGUGAUUCCGCACUCGAGGCAGUACUGCGAGCAGGCGCGCCGGAGGAGAUGGGAGCACAGCGUGCCUGGAUACUAGAUGUCCGACCAACUUGA